AUGGGGUUCUACAGGAACCGGCCAGACCUGGGAAGGGCAGAAAAUGCACUGAACUCACCCACGCCCAGGGGCUGCACCAGGAGCAGCGCAGGAGGAGGAGGAGGAGGAGGAUGCUUCCUCUCAGACCAGCUCUUUAAGUCCUCUUGUGUGCCCUCAGGGUUGGAGCUUGGCUGUCCUUGUGCCCCCCCUACCCCCCCAGUUGUGCUCAUCGGGGACUCCGGGGUGGGGAAGAGCAACCUGCUCUCACGCUUCACCCGCAACGAGUUCAACCUGGAGAGCAAGAGCACCAUCGGGGUGGAGUUUGCCACGAGGAGCAUCCAGGUGGACAACAAGACCGUGAAGGCUCAGAUCUGGGACACGGCCGGGCAGGAGCGGUACCGGGCCAUCACCUCAGCGUACUACCGGGGAGCGGUGGGAGCUCUGCUCGUCUACGACAUCGCCAAGUACCUGACGUACGAGAACGCCGAGCGCUGGCUGAAGGAGCUGCAGGACCACGCUGAUGCCAACAUCGUCAUCAUGCUGGUGGGCAACAAGAGCGACCUGCGGCACCUGCGGGCCGUGCCCACCGACGAGGCCAGGAGCUUUGCAGAAAAGAACGGGCUGUCCUUCCUCGAGACGUCUGCUCUGGACUCCACCAACGUGGAGACGGCUUUCCAUAACAUCCUCUCGGAGAUCUACCGCAUCGUGUCCCAGAGGCAGAUCACCGGCCAGCCGGAGUCCGAGUUCGGCCCCACCACGACCAUCGAGCCCAUCCGGGUGCUGCCCACGCAGCAGGAGGGCAGGCAGGCUCCCUGCUGCCAGAACAUCUGA